AUGGACUAUAAUUUGAUUUCAACAUUAUUAUCUGUUCAACAAAAUUUGUUUAAAAUUGGUGGUCCAAUUUUAAUAUUCUUGGGCGUCGUCAGUAAUCUUCUGAGUCUAACAGUUUUCAUUCAAAAAAAUUUUCGCAAAAAUCCUUGUUCAAUUUAUUUUAUGGCAUUUAAUGUCUCCAAUUUAAUAUUGAUCUAUGGAUCCUUAUUACCUCCUGUACUAGAAAUCGGCUACAAUAUUAAUCAUACAGCAUUCAAUCUUGGCCUUUGUCGAUUACGACUCUAUGUCGCAUUCGUAUUCAAUUGCCUGUGCCCAUCAUAUUUAAUUUUAGCGUCGAUUGAUCGAGUUAUAAUGUCAUCAGCGAAUGCAAACGUACGAAAGUACAGUACUCAACGUCACGCUUAUAUUCUUAGUAUUAGCAAUGCAGUAUCAUGGUCGGUAUCCUUAAUUCAUGUUGCCAUUUUUUCGACAAUCAUAGAAUUAAAUUCUGUUGGUUUCCUAUGUUAUUUACAACCGGGCAGCUAUACGAUAGCCGUUACUAUUGGUUCACUUGCCAAGGAAAUUAUAACACCGACGUCAAUGUUCAUACUUGGAUUAUGGACAAUCAAGAACGUUCGUCGAACACGACAAGCUGUAGUUUCACCCAGUGGCAGUUAUCUACAUUCUCUUCAGUUUAGUAAUGGCAAUCUCAUUGAUAUACAAGCAGGUCAAACAAUAUGGAAACGAAACUUCUCAAGAUACUAUCGUCGAAACAUUCUUCGGCAAUGUCGCAAUGUAUAG